GCUGUGAAUACGUGGGCCGUCGCGUGGAUACCGGCGAACGUGUUAUGGGUAUUGAUUUGGGGCGCGCUUUCGCCACGUCUAUCAAUGCCCGCACCCAUAGUAUGACUACCGUUCCCGAGCACUGGUCGAUGUUGGAGUCGGCGACUAUACUCAGCACUUAUAGUGUCCUGUAUUAUGCCUUAAUUAAACGUGCUCAAUUGAAACCAGGCGAAAGUAUAUUAAUUCAUUCGGCGGCGGGAGGUGUGGGACAGUCGGCCAUAAAUAUGUGUCAACACUACGGCUGCGAUAUCUAUGUGACGGUUGGCACGGAAGAGAAAAAGGAGUUCCUUAUGAAUAAGUAUAACAUACCGGAGAACCGGAUAUUCAGUUCAAGGGGUACGCGAUUCAAGUAUGGGAUCAAAGAGGCGACGAAAGGCAAGGGCGUCGACAUUGUCCUCAACUCCCUGUCCGGCGAGAGACUGGACGCCGGCUACGAGUGUGUGGCCAAUAGGGGUAUGUAUGACCUGCUAAGGGACAUACAGUUUAUAGGAGUAGCCGUUGAUGUGGUGUUUAUGGAGGACUUCGAGUUCUUCGGCCACUUCUUCGAGUGGUUGCACAACAACUGCACCAAUGGUUGUGUGAAACCAAUUAAUUACACCAUAUUUGGGGCCAAAGAGGCCGAUAAGGCGUUUCGUUAUAUGACAACCGGUAAACACAUCGGGAAAGUAGUCAUCAAAAUGAGGGACGAAGAGAGCACGAGAGGGCCGUUGAGACACAUAAUAACGGCGCUGCCUCUCAGGGCUACUGUUAAGACGUUUUUCAAUCCAAACAAAGUCUAUAUAAUAACCGGAGGUUUGGGUGGUUUUGGACUCGAGUUGAUUCCAUGGAUGCAAUACUUCGGCGCCAGAAAAUUUGUGGUCACUUCCAGGUCUGGGAUUAAAACAAAUCGUCAAAAGUUUGUUUUGAAUCGUUUGCAAGAGUUUUACAAAAAAUUCAAAUACUUUUCGUGCGAUUUAUUGGUUUCGACGGCCAAUGGGUUGACACCCGAAGGCUCUCAACAACUGGUAAAUGAGGCGAAAGGGUUGGCAACCAUUGGAGGGAGAACAUGGACUUGUGGUAAAGGAAAUGGAGGUCAGAGUAACUACUCGUUUGGGAACUCUCUGUGCGAACGGAUUUGCGAAGAGAGACGAAGGGAUGGUCUGAACGGACUGGCCGUACAGUACGGACCCAUCGGUGAUGUGGGAGUACUCGAGGGUACGGAUCAAGUGAUCGGAUUUAUAGCAAUGAGGAAACAACGGAUCCACUCGUGUUGCGAUGUUUUGGAUAAAUUGUUGACAAUUAGUGAACCCAUAGUUACCUCUUAUAUCAUUAUGGACCAAAUCAGACAGACUACCGGCACCCGCGAGACUCGAUUAGUGAGCGAGCUCUGGCGUAUGUUAGGCAUAGACCCUGGUGUCACCCCAAACCACGUGACUUUGGGUGAGUUAGGCCUGGAGUCGAUGUAUGCCCUGGAAUUGCAACAAGAAUUUCAGAGGCAAUGGAAUAUCAAUGUAACCCUCAAUCACAUCAAAACCAUUACGAUCGGCAUGUUUAAGGACUACGAAGUGGGUACCGGUGCCAGCAUACGCAAGCACCUGGAUGACCUGAAAAAGGCCCGUAGUGCCAUGCUCAAGCACAAGUUUAUUAUACCCACCGAUAAGUUUGUCCGACUUAACGGUGUAAUCACUGGACGACCCGUUUAUUUGAUGCCAACUCUGUUCGUAAGUUUUUCGCUGUUUGACGAGUUGGCCCAUCGGUUGAACCGACCGGUGAUUGGCCUGAACUGGACCCGGGAGGUGAGCAAACUGAGCACGCUCAAACAGGUCAGCGCCUACUACGUGAACCUACUGAAAGACCUGGCACCUAAUGGCCACUACGAUGUGGUCGGCUAUUUCGAUACGAUUAUAGUGUGCACUAAACUCUUGCUGAAAGGGCUGACCGAUAGGGCGGUGAUUGUGGACGUCGUCAGUGAUGACCGCUUUCUGGAGCAACGCGUGACCGACGACUAUAUGUUGGAUCUGAUGCUCACAAUCAUCUCCAACGAGAUCCCGGCCGCCAUUCACGAGCGCAUUGUGCGACAAAUGCGAGCGGAAAGGGAUGUCAAACAAAAGAUCGCUAUCAUUGUGACGGAGGUGUCGGAGCUGAUUGGCAAAGGACUGGUAGCCAUGGAUAUGGAGGAGAUAUUUACGGUAAUGUUUGCCAGAAUUCGUAUGCUUUUGGAGUAUAGGAUGAAAAUGCGGACAAAACUGUUGAAUAAACUCAAACUACGGCUCAUUAGCCGGAAAUGGGCUAAACUGACGGGCAAACUGGUGGUCAUUAAGCCGGUUAUGUUUGAGAAGGUGUUGACCACCGAUGAGUUUAUUAAUAAAUCGUUUGGCGGCUAUUUCUUACCCCGAUCAAAUGUGCAAAAUAAUAAUAUUAGCUAUGAACAUGUGAAUGGCAAAAGUGAAAUGGAUAUCAUGAGCAAGGAGUGGCUCAGCGGUCUAACAGAUAGGCUGUCC